GUACACAUAAAAAAUAAGCAGUUAAGUGCAUAGAAGCACGUUUGACCUUGUGAAACUUUUCGCCCAUUAUACUCCAAGAGAAAACAUUUCUCAUGAUGAAAAACGUUUUCACCGCAACGUAGGUCACGGCUCCGCGAGAGACGUGAUAGUAAAUUAAGAUAAGCUGCCGUCAAACGACAAUCGCCACAUAAUUAUAUCGUCCAUUCGUCGUGACUAAACUGAAAUUACCACUGCAUUAGAGAGCAGUGAGGGUUAUUGUGCAUCUACAAUCAGAAGUAUAACAACGGGUUGCAGCCAGCGCCGGCGCUCAGUCCGCGCCGCGCCGCCUCGCAACGCCGCAGACACGCGAACCGAAGAAAGUGAAAAUAACCAAACGAAAAUGACAGUGCUACUGCUUGCCUUUUGCGUUUUCAAUCUCGCUGCGGCUAAUCCAAACGAUCACACCACACAGAUAGAAAAAUACAAUGAUAAAAUGAAGACUUUUCAAUUGGAUGUACCAGGAAAAGAACCGAUUACGAUAAUCGAGACGGCGCCGGUAUCAAAUUUAGGUCGAAAGUGGGAUCCUCCUGAAGAAAUUAGUGACAAAGAUGUGGAAAUUAAAAAUCUAAUGACGCAUAUUGUUCAUGAUUUUAAUGGCAAUCGCCCACGUUGUUUCGGUCCAUCGUGUCAAGAAGGAUUCGAUGACAGCAUUGGUCCCCAGGAAGAUGUCGAAGAUAUGUAUGUACACGAUGAUUUAGACAAGCUAAGGGAUUAUCGAGACUUCUCCAAAGAGAGCCUUCAAGCAAUUAGUGCAUUAGCGGCAAAAUUGAAGAAAGACAAAUUGUUUGCAGAUAGAUUUUCAUCAUUACAUGACGAAAGUAUAGACGAGGAUAACGGUGGAAAAGUAUACACAUCUUGGAAUCGCUUAAAAGUGAAACAACACAAACAUCCUUUUGAUGAUAAAGACGGAUGGGUGACAUUGGAACCAGUGGCAUGGUCUACCAGCAAAAUAUCGAAAUGGAAACCGAAUGUUAAGAAACAAAAACCCCAUUCGUGGAAUGACGAAGAGGACAGUUUUCCUAGUGACGAUAAAUUCACAUCCAACCACGAAAUGGACAUGAGUUACAACUAUCAACAAAAAAGACCAAGCUUGAAUCGUCCCGGAUACAUAAAUAAUAAACUGCAUUUGCCAAAUGAAUACGAUACAGAAUUACCAUCAAAGCCAUCCUGGAUGAAACCACAACAGCACACCUCCCAUUUUCAAUCUUCUUGGGCACCUGAUGAAAGUCGCCGUCCUCAUAAGCAUAACUGUGACUCCGUCGAUAAUUACCCAAGCGAAGAUUCCGUUUACUACGAAAUGCCGGAUACAAUAGUGACAGAUUCAAGACCGACGAAGUUCCCACAUGACUAUGAAGCCCUGCAUCAGUCAGAAAAAAGACCGUACAGACGGCCUACUAUGUAUGGCGGAACAUCUAAUUAUGAUGAUGAUCGUUCUUCAAGGCCUCCGUAUGGAGAUGGUCAAUGGGUAUUGCUUUCAACAACAAAAGGGUACAGAAAUAAAAAGCGUCAACGAUCGUUAAACCCCACAGAUGACGAACAUACAAAUGUUCAAUCGAUAACAGCACAUAAAGCUGUUGGACUGACAGUGUUGCCUGCUGACGAAACUCGUGUUAAUAUGACAACUUCACACGGUGGUUUAUUAGAAGUCGAACGAAGCUUUCAAACAGUAGAAGAAUCUAAAAUUGAAAUGGAUAAGAAGAAUGACUUAGAAGCUUCGUCGUCGCAGAACAGGCCGGUUAGAACUAAGAUUAUCAAAAGAAAAGUUGUACCAACUAAUGUACCUGAUAGUUCUACAGUUUUCGCUGCUGUGGGUGCUGGAAUGUUACCAGCGACAAUGGCUAUGGUUGUCCCUAUGAUGCUCGGUCGGAGACGUAAGAGAGAUUUAAACGCAACACCUUUGCACCUAGACGAAUACAUUCGACUAUACAGAAAUGAAUAG